CAUAUUUCAACAGGAUAAUCCGCGACUACACGUGGCACGCAUUGUUCCAAGGGUUCUUCGUUAAUCGCCAGAUUGAAUUGCUUCCCUGGCCAGCUCGCUUUCCGGAUCUUUCGCCAAUAGAAAACAUGGUCCAUGGUUGCUGAAGGAUUGACCCAGAUUACAUCCCAAGCUGCCACACCAGAUCAACUUUGGCAAUGUGUGGAAGCUCCUUGGUCUGCUGUACUCUGAGAACACAUCCAAAGUCUCUUUGAAUCAAUGCCGAGGCGUGUGACAGCGGUGAUCUCCAACAAUGGCGGCUACUCUAGCUACUGAUUCUGGAAGGAACCACACUACACAGAAGUCUAUAAAUUUAAUCAUUUGAUACUUGGUCAACAUGUUAUCUACUAAAUAAAUUUUGCUGUGAUAUCUCUUUUCUUUCUUGGUGUUGCAAUUUGAGUGGCCAGCAGUGUAGAUUAUAUGCUUCAUGUAAAGUACAUGAGAUCUGAAAUUGUCCAUUGAGGAGCAGGAAAGUGCUAGGCCAAAAAAAAGGGGGAUUCCCAAUUAUUGAUGAUUACAAGUCUGAUUGUGGUUGUUUUUCUAAACAUUCAAGAUAAAAAGUAAUUUAGAUGCAGCUUCUUGAAAAUUUCUAUUAAAGUCAGCUUCAAUAAAAACAAUUGCAUGAAAGUGAUUAUGAUCAUGAUGAACAUUUAGCUUCAUUUGUAAUUAUUGCAAUUAAAAAGAUUAAAUUUUUUAAUGUUUGUCAAAUUUAAUUUCCUGUGAUUAUGUGUUUUGAAAUUUGUAAUUUAUGCAAGCUUCCUAUAAGUAGAUCAGUAUGAUAGCUAUUCUGUUGACAAAGAAAAGUAAGAAGUGAUUUCAUGUUGUAAAUUAUGGUAAAUUAUGGUUAGAAACUGUCAUGUGAUUUUAAUCUAAAAAUAUGAGACUGUGUUUAACGAGGAGAAAAUUUAUUCAAUUCUAAUUUCAAAACAGUACAUACAGUCGAUUCUCAGUUUAACGAACUUGUACAGAAUGCAUAAAGUAUUCAUAAAAUCAAGCACCCAUAAAUGGUAAUGACAUUUAUGGUUGCUUGAAUUGAGUAUGAAGCCGAAUCAGGACAAAAGUUAUAGUUCUUAAUCGACUGUAAUGUAAUUAACUAGAUAUAAGUUUAAUGCAUUUUCUCUUUUUAUUUUAGAAAAGCAAGCUACCAUCAGGAAACGAAACAAAAAGAUAAAAGACUUGCAACAUGAAAUUGAAACUCUCAAAGGUGCUGAACAAGGCAGUUCAGAUGUAUCAUCAGUUGGAAGUCUUUCAGCUGCUGAUAUCAUGAUCAGUUUAGCUGAUAUUCGGUCAGUAUCAUCUGGGAGCUCUGCUGACUCAGAUAAUUUUUUUUCUGGAGCAGAAUAUAGUGGUGAAGAUGGUAAUGUUGGCUGGUCUGAAGAAGAAGUAUCUGUUAUUAUUAAUGACACUACUGCUGAAGAUCAAGCUACAAAUAGCAAUAUAGUGGCAAGCGGAGAAAUUGAAAUAGAAUAUCCUCGAACAUCAUCUUUGCCUCCAAGUUCCGUGAUUGAAGUAGAUGUUCUUGAACCUGAUAAUUAUGCAGGAAAUUUGAAUGAAGAAUCUCAACAAAGAAGACCAGCCAAGCGCAGGCAUGCAUCUGCACCUCUUGAUUCAUCAGAUGGUGAAGAGGAUGUCUCUGAAACUAACCCUUCUAUGCGUUCACCGAAACGAUGUUGGCGCUUUUCUGAUGAGUGUUCUAUAACUCCAGUGACACCGAAUUCUGAGAGCAAUUCUGUCUCUUCAGGGCAAUUAAAUGAAUCUACAAUGAUAGCUGGCCCUAGUUUUAGACUUUCUUCGUCUUUGGAUCAAAGUGCUACAUCUAGUGCAGAAUCUGCUAAAUCACGCUUUAAUUUCAGGUCUAGAAAUCAUCAAAAGUCUGAAGGGGAUUAUCUAAAAACAUUAUCUUCGAAUAAUGCUUCUGCUGCUUCAAACAGACAUACAGCUUUUGAAAGAACUAUAGCUCUGUUGGAACAAUAUAAUCUUGAAUCUGAUCCUGAAUGGUUACCUGAAUAUUCAAGUCAUGCUGGUAAUGAUACUACUUCUGACUCUGAUGAUAGCAGUAAUAUUCAUUAUCGAAAAGGAGAUACCAGCUCUGAUGAAUCAUAUACUCUAGAUUCUGCAUCAUCUGAAUCUGAUGAUGGUCCUGCUACCAAGGAUUUGCUUGAAAGAUUGUACAGUACAAGUGAAGAUGAUGAUUUUGAGUGGCAGCCUCAUGGGGAGGAAGAUGAAGAGGAUGAUAUUUAAUACAGUUUUUCCAUUUACAUGUGUAAUGUAAUUUUUGAUUAGGUUUUUGUAUGUUUAAAUUUUGUAAAACUGAAUUUUGUUCAUUGUUUAAAAAAAAUCAAAUUUAGAACAAGCUAUUGCUUGCAUAAAUCUUGUAGCAUUUCAAAAUUUAAAAAAAAAAAACUGUUUAGUAUUAAAUAUGUUAUAAUAAAAUAUUGAUUAUUUUGGCAUGCCAUGAGAAAAUUUUUUACUGAAAUUUUGUGUAGUCUUCUGAAUACUUCUAUAAAAAUAUAGUGUUUUAAAAAAUUACCUCAAAAAUCCUUAGUUUCCAUUUAUAGGAAUAACUGGUUAUAACAGCUGUACAUUGUUUAACAGGAAUAACAUAUUAUCUUAAAAGAAAUUCAUCAGUACUAAAAAAGAAGGGGAAAAAAAGGAUAUAUCUUUUCUGGUGCAACUUGAUAUUAAUAGUACUUGAACUGGUUUAGAAAGGGAAAAGUGUGUUGAUAUUUUUUAUAUAUAAGAAAGACUAUUGUAAUUGUAUAUAUAAAGUUAAUAUUUAGAAUUUAAAGGUAACAUGUUAUUGCCGCACCUUAAUUUAGUGCUAUAUUUCCUACAAUCAGUGUUUUUAUAAAGUUUUUUCCUAAGAAAGUUUUAGGAAUCCAAAAAGAAGUGAGCAUAUUUAACCUAUAUUAUAAAUUUAUCAGCCAGUCAGAUAUUAAGCAAAGAUGAUUUACAAAAGCUAAUAAACUGGUUUACAUAAUUUUAAAAAGGUUACAGCAAAAUCUAGUUUUGUUAUUAAUUUUAUUUAUUCUUAAUUGAUAAGUUCGGAAGUUUUUUCUUUUUUUUAACUUUGCCCAAAUGAUCCAAAACACUUUAUAUGUUGUAAAGUUUUCAAAUUGCAGUUCUAUCUCUGAUCAGAUAAAAUAGAUUGUUAAAUUAUAUUAAAUUACAAAUGUUUAAUGCUGCAAUUUUGAAACAAAUUCAUGUGGAUUUAAUUUUUUUUAAUAUUUUUUAUAGAAAUACUUAUUUCAGAAUUUUAUAAAGCUUAACUGUUUGAAAUGUUGUGCAUUGUAUUUAAUAAAAAAAAUAUGUGAUUUAUAUUAAUGAGCAUAAAGUAUUUAUUAUGCAAUGUGAAUUCAUGGUGAUUUGAAUCUCAAGUCAAUUUUGUUGUAAACUAUUGAUGUUAAAUUCCAUAUAGUUGCUGCUUUAAAGUCUUUCAUAAUAAAAUUAUUUGAAAAGUA